GUUAACUUCAUUUCAGUCCGUUCAGUCUGAAACUUGUGGUAGCGGCAGAACGGUCACACGCGUUCACAUCUUAACACCUCGACUAAACCGGCUUUACCUCAUCCACAAAAAGGAGAAUCAUGAACAGCAACUACAGUGUUUCCCUGGGUGGCCCCGCCCCCUGGGGCUUCAGACUGCAGGGAGGAAAGGACUUCUGUCUGCCCCUCACUAUCUCACGGCUGACCGAUGGGGGCAAGGCAGCCAAAGCCAAAAUUAGUGUGGGAGAUGUAGUUCUGUCUAUCGACGGAAUCGCCACCAAAGGCAUGAACCACCUGGAGGCCCAGAACAAGAUCAAAGCCUGCACAGUCAACCUCAACCUCACCCUGCAGAAAGCUUCCAGUGUUCCCAAGGCUGAUGCACCAAAGGACAAGCCACUGGAGAUCAUUAAGCCUGUGCCAAUCACCCAUCCAGCCCCACCCUCCACCUUCACCAGCCCCUCCCCCCAACCCGGCGCUGCCUACAACAAGACGGCCCGCCCCUUUGGCGGGGGCAGCAAUGUGGGUGCAGUCACUUCCUCCCUAACCGCCCCAAAGGUGGCCUCCAUCCCCUCUGCAUCGUCUGCUUUCACCCCCGCUGCCCCCUCCUCCCAGCAGCCCCAGCCUCCCUUCCCAUUAGCUAGCCGCUCCCGCUCCCCAGCCCCACCCAGCUCAGCCCCACCCCCAAGACCCGGCUCUGGCCGUUCCCCCUUCACCACCCCCUCCUCCACUCCCUCCUCUUCUUCCUCCUCCUCCCCGGCCAGAGUGACAGCCUCCUCCUCCAAUCCCGGUGCUCCGCAGUCCUCUUGCUAUAACACACCCAUCAACCUGUACUCCAAUGCCAAUGCCUGUGAGGUGGCCAUAGGACAGAGGCGGGGCCUGUUGGAAGCCCAGGGUGUGGUGGUCGACCAGAUCAAAGAGCAGUUUAAUGGGAACAGAGUUGAACCAGAGUUGAUCCACGCCUCGCCCCUCAGUGAGGCCAGUAAGAAGCGUCUGAUCGAGGACACAGAGGACUGGCAUCCUCGCACCGGGACCUCCCAGUCCAGGUCCUUCAGAAUCCUGGCUCAGAUCACCGGCACAGAGAAAGCUCAAGCCCAGGAGAACAGCACUGGAAAGAAUAAAGUUGUUGAGGAUGCCCCGCCCACUGGCCACGUCACAACGUCAGUGAAGACCAUGACCAAAGUCCCAGGAGCCCCCAAGAAUGGCAACAGUGUCCCCCCACCCACCUUCAAGACCCCCUCUGCCCAGGUCAAACCCUCCUGGCCAGCUGGAGGUCCAGCAGGUUUCUCUAAGGGUGGAGCUGCGCCCUCUUUUGAGCGGGUCAGCAACACUGCACCAGUACCCAAAGUUUCUGACCGCCCCGCCCCCCAGGCGCACCCCAAGGACCAGGACUCCCUGGUACAGCGGGCCGAACACAUCGCAGCGGGAAUACGCACCCCCAUGUGUGGCCACUGUGACAAGGUCAUCAGAGGACCUUUCCUGGUGGCCAUGGGCAUGUCGUGGCACCCUGAGGAGUUUAACUGUUCCCACUGCCACACGUCUCUGGUGGAGUAUGGCUUCGUGGAGGAGAGGGGAACAGUGUACUGUGCUCACUGCUAUGAGAAGUUCUUCGCCCCUACCUGCACCAGCUGCCAGCAGAAGGUCCUGGGGGAAGUCAUCAAUGCCCUGAAGCAGACAUGGCAUGUGUACUGCUUCCUGUGUGCGUCCUGCCAGCAGCCAAUCAGAAACAACACCUUCCACCUGGAGGACGGGAUGCCAUACUGCGAAAGAGACUACUACCAACUCUUUGGUACCAGUUGCCAUGGUUGCGACUUUCCCAUUGAGGCAGGUGACAAGUUUCUGGAGGCGUUGGGAUUCACCUGGCAUGAUACCUGCUUCGUGUGUGCAGUCUGCAACACCAGUUUGGAGGGCCAAGCCUUCUUCUCUAAAAAGGACAAGGCUCUGUGCAAGAAACACGCCAACACAGUCAAGAUCUGACCUGCCCCCAGGAGUGAAGAACAGAGUUGUUGAUAUUUUUGGUAGUUUUAAAAGAUUUAUCUGAUUAUGACUUUUAUUAACAGAGAUGUUUGGUAAUGGGGAUUUAAGCUUUAUUUCAUCUUCUCUGAUGGAUGUGUGUGUGUGUGUGUGUGUGUGUGUGUGUGUGUGUGUGUGUGUGUGUGUGUGUGUGUGUGUGUGUGUGUGUGUGUGUGUGUGUAGUUUACCAUUCACCGCUUGUGCCAUAUAAGGGGAAAAUAUUUUGCUCAAAUGAAGGUAUGAAAAAGUACCUAGUGUCUUUUCUACCGAUUUAGAUGUAUUAGUUAUUUGAAGAUUUGUUGAAGUCAGACAAAGUGCAUGAUGGGAGAAAGUAUGUUGACUUGAAGGGAGGUAUGAUUUUUUAUUAAAUCUGAUUGAAAUGUUCUUUACAUACAGUACAAUAAUAUACUGUAGUUAGGUGAACACAUAAGGUAGUGAUACUCAAGUAGUGGCCCGGGGGCAUAUCUGGCUCAUCAUGACAUUUCUUGAAGCCCUCAACAUUAAUUUAUUUCAUAAAUGAAAAUCCACACAUAUGAUCCCUUAGAAUGUAUGUAGUUAAAAUCUAAUUAAAGUCUGAUUUUAGUAUAUAAUGGGGACCUUAUAAAAUGAACAUUAAUCAGUGGACAGAUUAAAAUAAAUGAUCACCUUAUUGAAAAAUAGUGUGUAAUUGAGAACAACUAGACACCCCAACCCCUUUUUAUUCUCUCUCCCAUUCUCUCUCUCCUCCUUUCUCUCUCUCUCUCUCUCUCUCUCUCUCUCUCUCUCUCUGUCUCUCUGUCUCUCUGUCUCUCUGCUGGUGUGGUUGGGUCUGUAGACAGAUCUGUAUUUAUCCUGGUAGUAUAUUUAUUGGGGCUGGAGUGAUGUACUGUAUUUUCAGCUUUCUAGGGGCAGUUGCACAGAGUGGUUUACUGACAAAGUCAAUCGGUCAGGACAGACAGCUGUUAUUUUAUUAGCAGUAGGGGUUUUCUGAGUUUAUUGUUGUAUUGAUAUUUUUAAUGGAAUUUUUAAUGGAUUCAAUUUCCACUAAUUUUGAACCUAAACUUAGACACCAUUUUGCUUUUGCUGCCACUGAUGAAUGCUUGUCUAUGUGGUGUUUAUUGACGUAAUUCAUUCUGUUACCAAUCGUAUUUGCCAUGAUGUUACUCAUCCAAGCUACAGACAAAAUGUUCUCUACAUCUCUACAAUUUCAGUGUUAUUGAAAAUGAUUUGUAUUAGACCUUUGGGAUCAAUACAAUUUUAUUGGGAAAUACAGUACAUUAAUUCAA